UUUUUUAGGUUAUACCACUACUGUCAGUCGGAUUAUCUGACGUAUUCUGACGUGUACAAAAUUGCGCUAUCAUUGAUAGGUUAGUUCGAAGAUUAGUGUAACGAUUUUCCUUAUUAUUAAGAAAUUGUACAAUCAUGCUCGACCUUUUUACGAUAUUUAGUAAAGGUGGUAUCGUUUUGUGGUGUUUCCAAAGUACUUCGCAAAUUUUUACACCCAGCGUUAAUGCCUUAAUUAGGAGUGUUAUUUUGCAAGAACGUACUGGAAAUCACACGUUCGAGCAUGAAUCGUUACGUCUGCAAUAUAAACUUGAUAAUGAAUUUGAAUUAGUAUUUGUAGUCGCGUAUCAAAAGAUACUUCAAUUAUCGUACGUAGAUAAAUUCUUAAACGAUAUACAUCUCCAAUUUAGAGAUAAAUUUAAAAAUGAAUUGGAAUCGUCCCAAUGGUUUUCGAAUUUUGAAUUUCAACAAAAUUAUAAUAAUGUAUUGGUUGCCGCUGAACAAUGGGCACGAGCACAGGCCAAAAUACCUAAGCAAAUGCGUACCUUUGAUGAGAGUCUUAAAUCUAAAAAGACUGUUGCUAGUAUGAUAGAGAGAAAAGACGAUAAGGAGAAUAAAAAACAGGGUAAAAAGAAGAAGGGAACUAUUAACAAUAAUGAAAUUGAGCAUACAAAGGUGCAAGAAGUACCAAAGUUGGAAUCUUCUAAAUCGCAAAUCAGUUCUAACGGAGAAGUAGACGAAGAAACACUUAUCGCUAAUCGUAUGAAACUGGCCCAAAAAUUGUCAGGGCAAAAGAAAAAAGCUGAUAAGCAGAAAAGUCCCAAGUCGGAAAAAGCGGGAAAGAAACCACGCGUUUGGGAAUUAGGCGGUACUACCAAAGAUCUCGCUUCGCUGGAACGUACCAAAGAUAAACCGGAAGAAAUAGGAGAUUACGUUCCAGCUGAUAGAGGAUUGGUGGGUAAAAUGAAGGGUACUAUUCGCGAUUUGGAAGUUGAGAGUGAUUCCGAUGACGAAGAUUCCGACGAAAUGGAAAUAGAAAAUUCGCAACCACAAGUACAAAAGAAAGCAAAUAGCAUGUUUUCUAUGUUUAAGAGCCUUGUUGGCAAUAAAUCAUUAAAACAGGAGGAUAUGCUUCCGGUUUUAGACAAAUUCAAGGAUCAUUUGAUUUCUAAAAAUGUGGCAGCUGAUAUUGCGCAAAAGUUAUGCGAUUCCGUUCGAGUAAAGUUGGAAGGAAAGGUUCUUGGUACAUUUGAUAGUGUAACGAGUACGAUUAAAGCCACUUUAACCGAUUCGUUGGUACAAAUAUUAUCUCCUAAAAGGAGAGUUGAUAUUUUAAGAGAUGCUUUCGAAGCUAAAAAGAAUAAUAGACCAUACGUUAUGUCAUUUUGCGGUGUUAACGGAGUUGGCAAAUCUACCAAUUUGGCUAAGAUUUGCUUUUGGUUAAUAGAAAAUAACUUUCGUGUACUUAUUGCUGCGUGUGAUACAUUUAGAGCUGGUGCAGUAGAGCAAUUGAGAACUCAUAUGCGUCACCUAAAUGCUCUUCACCCUCCAGAGAAACACGGAAAUCUAUCGAUGGUUCAACUUUACGAAAAAGGUUACGGGAAGGAUGCAGCUGGGAUUGCUAUGGAAGCUAUUAGAUUUGCUAAAGAUUCUAGAUUCGAUGUGGUUUUAAUAGACACUGCUGGAAGAAUGCAAGAUAAUGAACCUUUAAUGAGAGCUCUGGCUAAAUUGAUUAAAGUUAAUGAACCAGAUUUGGUAUUAUUUGUUGGCGAGGCUCUUGUUGGAAACGAAGCUGUAGACCAACUAGUCAAAUUCAAUCAAGCUCUAGCAGAUUAUAGUAAUUCUGUGAAUCCUCAUAUUAUCGAUGGCAUUGUUUUAACUAAGUUUGACACUAUCGAUGACAAGGUGGGUGCAGCUAUCUCGAUGACAUAUAUUACCGGUCAGCCGAUUGUUUUUGUUGGAACUGGUCAAACGUAUACAGAUUUAAAAUCAUUGAAUGCCAAAGCUGUUGUACAUGCUCUGAUGAAAUGAGCGGUACCGUAAACAGCAUCUAUAAAUCAAAUUGCAAUAUUCUUUCUAAUGAAAUUGAUUUAUCCAUAAAUACAUAUAUGAGGAAAGUAGCAAAAAAUGAAAAAAAAAAAGAAAAAAAAAAAAUAAGACUACAGUUUACAAUGAAAAUAAAAUAUAGAUUACUUUAAAAAAUGUAAC